UGCUGCCAUUAGUCUCUCAGCGUAAGUGCAAUCAGGCCAUAUGGAGGAGAGGAGAGGAGCACAUCCAUCAUGAGACAGACACACGUUUUUUGGGGGGGGCCAUGAAAACUGUGGGAAACACGUCUGGUAUGAGAAUGCGCCGAGUGAAAGUCUCCACCCGAGUGUGUCCAAGUGCGAGUGAUAAUGAACAAAGCAGCAGUGUGUUUCCACAGAGUUGUUUCUUUGUCCAAAGCAGACUUGAGCCCCCGCUCUAAUCUGGGUUAUCUGGCUUGUAAUCAGCUUAGACCACUCGCAACUCUCACUGCUUGCAGCAGGGUGGGCACUUUGUCUGGGUCUAGGUCAGUCCUCUCCUCCGUUCUUCCAUUCACCCGUCGAAGCGUCUCUGAAGAAGGGAAGUUCACUUUACCGUCCAAAAUAAGAGGCCAUGGCUGAACAUCAGGAGGUGUGUUCACCUGAGGGGACACCUGCUGCAGACACGUACCCCAAAAAGAUACUCGAGUACAUGGAAGGAUUCCUCAUCUCGAAGGUGGUGUUCUCCUCCUGUGAGCUGGGGGUGUUCGAUGUAUUGCUGGGUGCAGAGCGCCCCCUGUCUGCAGAGGAGAUCAGUCAGGCGGUGGGAGCCAGCCUGGACGGCACACAGAGGCUGCUGGCUGCCUGCAGCGGCCUGCAGCUCCUCCACACACACCAGGACGACGGACGAGUGCUUUACAGCAACACAGAGCAGGCCAGCGUCUACCUGACCCGCUCCAGUCCCGUGUCCCUCUACCAGUCCAUCCAGUACAGCUCCAGAACCAUCUACCUCUGCUGGCACCACCUGACCGACGCUGUCAGAGAGGGAAGAAACCAGUAUGAAAAGGCUUUUGGAGUCAACUCCAAAGACCUGUUUCAAGCUCUCUACAGGUCUGACGAGGAGAUGGUGAAGUUUAUGCAGUUAAUGAACUCCAUUUGGAACAUCUGCGGUAAAGACGCAGUCACGGCCUUCGAUCUGUCGCCGUUCAAGGUCAUCUGUGACCUUGGAGGCUGCAGUGGAGCAUUAGCCAAGCAGUGCACGUCAGCCUACCCAGAAUGCACCGUUACGAUCUUUGACCUCCCCAAGGUGGUGCGUACGUCGAGGGAACACUUCUUCUCGGAGGGCGACCGGAGGAUAGGCUUCCACGAAGGGGACUUCUUCAAAGACCCCCUGCCGCAGGCUGACCUCUACAUCCUCGCCAGAAUCCUCCACGACUGGACAGAUGAACGCUGCGUAGAGCUACUUAGUAGAGUCUACAAAGCCUGCAAGCCAGGAGGCGCUGUGCUGCUGGUGGAGGCGUUGCUCUUCGAGGACGGCUCCGGCCCGCUGACAGUGCAGCUCUACUCCCUGAACAUGCUGGUGCAGACGGAGGGCAGGGAGAGGACGGCCGCCCAGUACGCUGCCUUGCUCGCUGCCGCCGGCUUCUCCGACAUCCAGCACCGCCUCACUGGGAAGAUCUACGACGCUGUGCUGGGACACAAGGAGACCUGAGACCCACUGAAAACUGCCUUUUUGUUUUCACCUCAAGUUUCCUCAUAUCAAAAAAGUUUCUCACACUGUAAAACAUCAGUGAUACAUAACUACUUUUCAUUGAAUCUGUAUGACAUAUUCAACUCAAUGCCCAUUUGUGCAGCUGCUUGAUUUUGCAUACUGAAUAUUUUUUAUUACUGUCUAUCAUUUCCUGUAAAUUAGCACAUUUUGGUAUCUUUGAAAACGUACAAAUUAAAGUUC